AUGACAAUACCUGUUGUAGAUAUGAUAUUGCCUUGGAAUGAUCAAGUUUUUGAUAAUUAUUUAUGUUGUGUACCGAAUUCAGAAAAGUUAGUUAUCUAUCGAUCAAUAUUUAUCUCAAAAGCUGACGAAUUCUUACUUGAAUAUGAUUGGUCAGCAUCGAAAAUUGCAUUAUAUUUAUUAUCAGCUCGCCGUUUUUAUUUCUAUUUCCAAAUUAUUCAAAUAGAAGAAAAAUUUGUAAAUAUUGAUAUUAAUCCAUCUACAAAAUUUUGCCAAGCUUUUACAAUACAAAUGAACCAAAUCUUCACAGCUCAAUCACAUAUCAUGAAUACGCAUAAAUCUCAAUUGGAAGAUCUACCCAAUGAAUUACUAAGUGAAAUAUUAAGAAAUCUUGAUGCUCGAGAUGUAUUUCGAGCAUUUUACCAGGUCAAUAGCCGCUUCAAUGAAUUAAUUCAAUCAUUUCAACAUCUUCAACUUACUUUUCAUAUGAAUUCAAAUAAUUUUCUUAAAACCAACGAUGAAAUAUUCUCAUUCUAUGUUUACACAUUAAUUAUUAGUCCAUGGAUUAAUUUCAAUCUUCAAAAUUUUCCUCGCGUGCGUCGUCUUCGUUUAGAUAAUCCAUUGCCAAAAGUCUUAGAACAACUACAACCAAAUAUCAUGCCUCAUUUAGAAUAUCUAUCCGUUUUUUAUACAUAUAAUAUGUAUGAGAUGGUAAUUUUACAUGAAAACGUUUUCUCCAAUCGUUUUGUUAAUUUAAAAUCUUGUGAACUCUAUGAAAAACAAACUCUAAUAACCAUACCGCAUUGGACACAAUCCCCAUCGUUACAAGUAUUGAAAACUGAAUACAUUGAUUCAACUAUUUUUAAAAUAAUUCUUGGCGCAUGUCCGAAUUUAUAUUUUUUUAAAUUUUACUUGUAUCCAACCAAUGGAAUGACAACAGAUAUUCCGUUACAUAACAAUCUUAAGCAUAUGAUAAUUGAACUACAAGACGUAGAUUGGUACUAUGACGAUAAUACAAUCAACGCUUUUUUAAAAUCUGUCCCAAAACUCGAACAACUUGAAAUUCAUCGACGUUUUUAUUCUCAGCAUAUGAGAGAAAACAUCAAAGACUAUGAUUGGUUUUCAUUAAUAAUUAAACAUCGUUUACCAAUAUUAAGGCGAUUUAGAUUUUAUUUUCAUCUAUCCAAAGAAGAAAAAUUAAUCGGAUGUAUCGAUGAGAAUAUACAAAUUCAAAUUGAACGUAAUUUUCAUGAUGUACAUAAAGGACUAUAUCAGGCGCAAAUUUUUAUUGACAGAGAAUAA